GGUCUAUCGGUCAAUGCUGAAGCCCAGCGUGAACUGUGUAUAUCACUCUAAAUACCGCACUUAAAAUAACAAAAAAACGAAAUUACCGGAUUAGUAUUUUUGUAGACACCUAAACCACAUGGACCGCUUGCGCUUUGUUUUUAAAACCGCCUAAUUUGUUUCUUAUGAAAAGAAAAUAAAUUAGCAAAGCUACGUUAGCUGAAGUAGCAGCAUUAGUGGAGACUCGAGUAACUGGAGGAGUAGCUUUACACGUUGGCUGUCACUAGAUCAACUGUCAGCUAACACGUCAAAUAGCAUAUUCCGCACUUGUCCGCGGUGUGUGACGUUUUUUUCAAACAGCCAGAAAACUCUGCUCAAGUUGUCGUUUAUGGGAUCACCAUGUCCAUGAAGCCGCAGGCCGGUGGAAAUCGCAAACCCGGCGGAAGCAACAGCGGAGCCGCUGCGGCCUCCGGCACCGGGGGAGCAGGGGGUGGUGUUGGACGCCAGAACAUAGGCAGAGGACGCAACAAUGCCAAAGGACCCACAACUGCAGUGGCAUUCAAUGGAGUUUAUGCAAACAUGAGGUUGGUUCAUGUUUUGACCUCAGUUGUGGGCACCAAAUGUGAACUUAAGGUCAAAAAUGGUCUAAUCUAUGAUGGAGUUUUUAAAGCAUUUAACCAAGAGUGUGAUAUUGCCCUGGAUGCUGCACACAGGAAGAGUUUAGAGCCAAGUGUGGGCCCUCGUCGUGAAGAUAUUAUUGACAGCAUCACCUUUAAGUCCUCAGAUGUAGUGCUGGUGCAUUUUAAAGAUGUGGACCUUAACUAUGCCAAGAAAGUCUCAUCUGAUGCAGAUAACUUCACAGACACUGCGGUAAGCGCUCGUGUGAACGGGGAGCACAAAGAGAAGGACUUGGAACCCUGGGAUGGAGGAGAACAGCACAUCUCAGGCAGUAUGGAAUCUCUUGACACAGACAUGUCAAAUGGUUGGGAUCCUGAUGAGAUGUUUAAAUACAAUGAGGAGACAUAUGGCGUGAAGUCCACCUAUGACAGCAGCUUGUCCUCAUACACGGUUCCAUUGGAGCGAGACAACUCUGAGGAGUUCCUUAAGCGGGAGGCUCGUGCAGCACAGCUUGCGGAGGAGAUCGAAGCCAGUGCCCCCCACAAGGCCCGCGUAGCCCUGGAGAAUGACGACCGGUCAGAGGAGGAUAAAUAUACUGCUGUGGUUCGUGGAGAGAGGGAGCUUCACAGCCUCAACAGGGAGAACAAAUACAUUCCCCCUGUUCAGAGGAACAAAGAACCAGGGAUGUCAUGGGGAGCUGGUCGUCACCCACACACAAGUGGGCCACCAACACCUCGAUCUGGACCUCACGACUACAACACAGUGGAACAGCGUGUAGUCAAUGGAGGUUCUCACCCUUGGCCCUCGCGCUGCCCAUCUCCCUCUUCUCGCCCUCCAUCACGUUACCAGUCAGGCCCCAACAACUCUCUUCCACCCCGGGCGGCCACGCCCACAAGACCUCCCUCCAGACCCCCAUCCAGGCCCUCGCGGCCCCAGUCUCACCCCUCUGCACAUGGCUCCCUGGGGCCACUGUCCACCAUACCCAAACGCCUGUCCUCGGAAGGUCCUCCAAGAAUGUCUCCUAAAUCACAGCGGACCCCCAGACCUCAUAGAGUGCCCUCAUGUCGGGGUGGUGGGCCCCCUUCCGGAGAUUUCAUGUCUCAAGGUGCGUCUGAGCUUUCGACUCCUCCGCCUGCUCGCAACAGCCCUUCCGGGGGAACCUGGUCAUCUGUAGUUAGUGGUGCACACAGACCUCGUUCACCUCGACAGAAUAGCAUCGGUGGAGGUGCUCUGAACCCCUCCUGUGUGUCUUCCCCUCAGGCUGGCACGGUGCCGGUAGACUCUGUAACAGUUUCCACAACAGCGACGUCACCUACAGCAGCAAACACAGCCACCAACCUGGAUGCAUCUCAGAUUGAAGAGGCCAAAGAAUCAAGAACACUAGAGACAAGACAGAAUUCUCCCAAUGCCAACAAGGAAAAUGUGAAGCCUCUUGAAAGUUCUGCCAGUAUCGCUCGAAUUGUCGACAAAGGAUCUCCCAGCAUGGCUUCAGACCAGAGGAAACAAAUAGAUAAUUUAAAGAAAUUCAGUGCAGCAUUUGUAUUGCAGGACCUAGGGGAUAAGGCAAAAGAUCAACAAGCUGACAAAAAUGCAGGAGACUCAACUGGAGGCAAAGUCUCCAUAGAGUCCUCUUUUUGUGAAGAGGCCUCCACUUCUGUCGGCCCAGCAAGAAGUAAAUCUGGUACCCCAUCUCUAUCUCCCUCCUUUGCGGUAGCGGAGCAGAAACGAGGGCCCGAUGUGACUUCUCAGGGUGUCCAGACCAGCUCACCUCUGGCCAAUGCUGCAAAAGACAAAGAUGAGAAGGAGGAAAAAAAUGACCCUGUAGCAGAGAGUGUUAGAAAAUCUACUCUCAAUCCCAAUGCCAAGGAGUUCAACCCAAGAGUAAUUUGCUCCCCUCCCAAACCAGCAACAACUCCGACUCUGACUCGGCCCCAGGGUCAGCCCAGCCCUUCCAUUGUAGUACAGCAACCCUCUGCUGUCUAUGGCCAGACAAUGUUCCAGAUGUACCCUCUGACCCCCGUCAGUCCUGGCGUACAGAAAAGCAUUAUUUGGAAGCCUCCAGCCAUGUACCAUGUUCAGGUUCCUCACAUGACCAUGAGCCAGACCAAGCCCUACAGACCAGGUAAAGUUCCAAACAUGCCACAGCAGAGACCAGACCAACAUCACCAACCUGGCACGUCUACAAUGAUGCACCCGGCUACAGCUGCCGGACCACCCAUUGUGGCACAGAGCCCAGCUUACUCCACCCAGUACUUUACCUGUAGCCCCCAGCAGUUUGCUAGUCAACCUCUGGUACAACAGAUGCACCACUACCAGUCCCAGGCCCAGCACGUGUUCAGCCCCGUUAUCCAGGGCAGUGCAAGGAUGCUCACCCCUCCUUCCCAUGCUCAGCCCAACCUGGUGUCCUCCUCCACCACUCAGUAUGGUGAGCAGACGCAUACUAUGUAUGUGUCUGCGCCCAUUCAUCAGCAGUUCUCCCACCCAAGCUCCACCCUGCACCCCCACCCGCAGCACCCUCAGCCCUCUGCAACCCCAACAGGACAACCUCAGCAGGGUAACCAGCAAGGAGGUAGCCACCCGGCCCAUAGCCCCGUUCAGCAUCCCCAGCACCAGGCAGCAGCUGCCGCAGCAGCAGCCCAGGCCAUGCACUUGGGCAACCCUCAACAGCAACAGAUGUACUCUGCCCUGGCUCACACCCCACCUUCUAUGACCCCAGGCCCCAACCCACAAUCCCCUCAAGGCAGUUUCGCCUCUGCCCAGCAGGCUGUAUACAUUCAUCCGCAGGUGCAGCAUGGGUACAACCCUAACCAUAUGGCUCAUGUGCAGCAGACUCACAUGCAGGCAGGGAUGGUGCCCACACAUCAUGGCAAUCCUUCCCACCCACCCACUAUGAUGUUGAUGGCCACACAGGGGCCUGCCGGCCACCAGCCUGGACUGUCCCAGGGGACUCUCAACUCUAUCUCCAUGUCUUCAAACGCACCCUACCCUUACACCCUCACCCCUGUGCAAGCUCACCAUCAGCAUCAGCAGCAGAUGUAGAGGAUGAAGAUAAGAGAACCGCAGUCAAGUCAAGAGUAACAUCUGAUCCAUGCAGACCCAUCUGGACCCAUCUCCACUUACUGGCCAAUCAGUCUUUACCUUUCUCUAAUAAGCCCCUAAAUGGCCACAAGACAUUGAGUGAUGCCGCUCGAUUGCAAGCCACCACCAGUGAUUUGAAAAAAGCUAACAGGCGAAGAAGUAGUGAACUGUGGCUUUUUAAAAAAAAGAAAAGAAACAAGUGAGUUUUAACAGGGAAUCAAUUUUCACAGUGACACUAGAACUCUCGCAGUGGGUCCUAACAAUAACAAAAAGCCCAGAUGUGUGAGAAAACUUUGGGUAAAUAACUGGAACAUUUUGUCUGCACCUUCUAAGUUAAUGAAAAUUCUUCCAUAUAUUGACAGUAUUAACAUUACUGUUGAAUACCGCUGCUAUAGCUGUGCUCAAGACCUUGGGGUAAAUCGAAAUAAAAUGGUUCUAACCAAUCUAAACACAUAAGAAACUUCCAAUAAUGAAGAUGUUUGGCAAAAAAAUCCAGAUAAAUUAUUUAUUAAUUUAAUCUGAUGACAAAACCCCGUUAGACUUGACUGUUGUAAAACUGUUAAGUUAAAAUAACUUUUACUUUGUAGAUAAUAUAAACAAAUUUAAAAACAUUAAAAAAAGUUUUAAAAACUU